AUGAAUAUGUUGGAUGAUGAAGAUGACCAAAGCUUUCACGCUACGCGUGACGGCCACUCCCAUUUGAGCGAUGUCGAAUGGGAUGCGGUUGAACGAAUGGGUUCAACCAUGGGCAUCCAUGCUGUUAGCGUCAUGCUAGAGGCUCUCAAUAGAGAUGCCCAACAUGCUACUAUCGCCAAGUUCAUUCAAAAUGAACUUGACGCAGAACGCGAUAAAGUAGCCUUGCUUCACCAACAAGGUUCUCAACAAGCAGAGUUGUUGAGAGAACAGGGUGCUCAACAGUUUGAACUGUUGAGACAGCAGCAGGCUGCUGCUGGCGGGUCGAUGCACUCGCGUCGACCCGAGACUUUGAAGAUUGACAUCUCCAAGUAUAGGGGAGUCGAAGAGGACUCCCUCUUGAGAUGGUUCGUCGAAUUGGAUGACGCCAUCAGGGCGCGUCGCAUCGACGACGGGGAUAUGCAAGUUGCAUUUGCCCAGUCAAAUCUGGCAGGACGUGCCAAGACUUGGGCACUGGGGCUCAAGUUGCACGACCCAUAUGCGUUUGGGUCGUUAGAAGUCUUCAAGUCGCGGCUCAGACAAACGUUUAAACCGCCUAGAGCUGAGUUCAGAGCUCGAAACGAACUCUUGAAGCUCAAACAAGGUAAGCGUGACGUGCACGCUUACGCGCAACAUAUACGACAUCUCACGAGUUGUAUAAGUUCCAAUCCGGUUGAUGAACACACGUAG